AUGUCGACCUUUCUAGAUUAUUACAAUGCCCCUCCAACUGGACAACCCCUUUUGGGAGCACCUGGCAGUUCAACAACUGCGUCUUUCCAUCCCACAAACCCGCCCAAUGAAGAGCAACUCCCAAGACACAUCAUCUUGGAUCAGGAUAUGUGCAACCAGCUUUUGUCAUUUGCCCGGAAUCAUCUAACCAUUGCUCCCGCUCCUCCUCUCGAUUUCAACCUUGUGCAUCAAUAUGUGCAACAUACUAUCGACCGUGGAGUAGUGGGAAAUGAGACUGUCAAUAUGGAUGCGUCUCUGGUCCUUCUUCAAUAUGUGGCGGAGUUUGUUACGGCAGCUGACCAUCUGCAACCAAAUGAUAUUCGAAUCGUAAGCUGUGACCACGAAGAUGGCGCCCAGCUAAACAGAAAACUCCGCAGAACCGAAACUGACUGGGUUGUCGUGGAGCACAAAAGUGUGGCCGCCUACAACGCUCAUCGUUCUCAAAUCCUGGAUCUUGCCAGAGGUGAAGGGACUGAGAUACUAGCUUCUUCUUACGAAACGAGUGCGCGUUCAAUCAUACUUAAACUCGGCAAACAUAUGAUUGAUGCCAACUGCAGAUGGGGUCUUUUGAUUGGAGGACAUGAGUUUAUGGUUUUUUUCAUGAACGUGGUUAACCACAAGAACAGCAACUACUACCAGAUGGUGGUAUCAGAUAAUCACUCAACCCUUACACGCCCCGGACAACUUCAACCACUCCCUGAACCCUGUCUUAUUUCAGUGGUUACAGCACUUCUUCUUGGCAAUAACCCGGCUGCUUCUUACACCAAUCCCCCAACAGCACGUAUUGUUACAGAAUACGCUGGGGGCCGACAGUCCAGGACGACCAGAAACACAGGUGGAGGGAAUGAGCUAAAGAGAGCGAAACGAGGAGAGCCGGCUUUGCGAUCCUCUCGGGCCGGAACCACUGCAGGAACUAGAGCGCAUGUCCACCAGGAAACGCGCAGGUCCUCACGCUUGAUCGAGGCUGCAUCACGGCUACACAGCAAGCAUGACUACUCUUUACUGUCGUUUCCGAAUUCAAGACUGCCAGAUCGCCAAUUGGCUCUAAAGAGGAUUUCUGCCCAGAAAGCAUGGGAUGUAGUUCUGGAAGGCAACUCCUCAGAUCUUCCAGAAACGACCCCUGAAGGCGAAAUCACAUAUCAAGACACGGUUGUUGAGGAGCCCCUGUGCCUGCUUGCGAUGGAAAAGCUUGGGUCGGGAAUAUGCGGCAUUGCCUAUGAUUCUCUACUUGUUUCCGGUACAUCUGAGGAGCCCUGCGCCAUCAAGGUUAAUGAACACGACUUUCAGUCCUUCGUGAGGGAAGUGGAAGUGUAUGAGCGGCUGCAGGGCAAAACAUUUAUUCCUAAAUGUUACGGUGGCUUUGCUGGAAUGUGGGUUAACGAGCCAUUUGGAGUCCUUGUUCUGGAGUUGCUAGAAAAGAGCUUCGAUUCAUUCAACGAGAUGACCACAGACCAAAAACACCAGGCGCUUGCAUGCCUUGAACAGCUGCAUGAUGAGGGGUAUCACCAGGGAGAUGUCAGGGCGAGUAAUUUUGGACUUCGCAACGGCCAAGUCGUCGUCCUUGACUUUACCCAUGCGGAACCUUGUGACACACCGAGAACUUGCGGGAACUGGGAGGGUUCAUCUCAAAAGUUCUUGCCCGCCAAGGCACCCGCCAAGAUCUUAAUUCUGUAG